AUGAGUCCAACCUCCCACAGAUCAAGGAAGAAUUCCGGCAGGACUAGUCAGACCCGUAAAGAAAGAGUCCAGCACAACUCUGAACGUAAAAACAAAAAAGCUUCAAUGAGGACGGAAGAACAUCGUUGCGAAUGGAGCAAAUAUGGCUGCAAGUUCUCAAUAAAGCUGCCAUGCCCUGGUACUGAUCUGGUCGGUCAUCAAGCUUCUUGUGAGUACAAGUGUAACUCGAUUGUUGAGCGCACCUGUCAGACUGUGAGCGAGUUUCAGGAAAACAAUGGUCAAACAAUACCUAAUAUCGGGCAAAUUUUGAAUCCUGGAUGCAUCUAUAAAAUGAAACCUGUCGAGACCCUAACCGCUGGUCUUAUUCUGCGGUUUAUGCCGUCAAGGCCGGUUAUUUUCAAGGGAGAACAGUGCUGGAAAAAUGGGCCACCUCCCCCGGGUGACCUGCUUGAAGCAAUACUCAAUGCGCAAGAUCAUGUUCUUAUUCAGAAGGUUCCUAGUAAUGCGCAGUUCGUGACUGUUGCUCGGCAGUUAAUAUUUGGAGAUCACCUUGUUCAAAAUGUGCAAUCAAUACACAACAUUCAUGCUUCAUUUUCCCCUCCCGGCUCAACCCAGAUCGAGUACACAAUGGUUAUUCCGCCUCAGCUAGGAAGGGUGUGCACACCUGUUCACGCUUAUACCCUUAUCGAUGCCACCCCGAAAUAUUCGUUCACAGAUCUCCGCGUUGAGGGAGGACUUCCGAUAAUGGCCUUGCACGAGGGGACUAUCCGUAACUUGUGGAUACUCUGGCCUCCUACGGAGUCUAACGAGAAAGUCUUUUAUCGCCACAGCCACUCCACGAAUGACCUCAACGAUGAGCAACCGGGUCCCAUCUUUCGCCGUAUCGCGCCAGUUCUCACCAGUGGAAGGAUGAUUAUCGUCAACCCCGGCGAAACAAUCUUCGUCCCCGCCGGUUGGAUCUUCGCUACUCUCACUCUUGAAGGUGGUUACCUCCCAAAACUUCUUUUGGUCACCAAAGAAAACAUCAACACAACGAUCUCUUGUUUGAGGCACCGCGUUAACGCUGGUCACGCUGCGGUGGAAGUUGAGAGAUCAAUCCAUGAUAUACUUGAUUACAUUAAUCCCAUCUUGAAUAUUAAAACCUCAAAAGCAGUGAAGGAGGUGGUAAGAGUCUGGGAGGAGCUUAACAAGAUCAUUGACAAUGCCGCUGUUGAGCAUGAAUAUGUGUGGAGUAAAGAUUUGAAGUGUCGUUGCGCACGUAUUUACAAGGAACGUGUACUCCACUAUCUCAAGUAA